ACUUGAGAUCGCGUCUGCUGGACUUCGCUUUCCGUGACAGCCGGCCCAUGUCCAAUAGUGUCCCCAUAGAAACCGCAGACCCCGUGUUCAAUCGUAGCUACGCGUUGCAAUUUAGACGGAAGAAACAGAAAAUUCGGAUGCUCACGGCGGCAAUCACGGCGCCGUGCCACUUUCCCUCGUGACGCGCCAGCGCGUUGUCAGCAGUCUAGGCCGUCCUUGCCUAGUUCUCUCGUUUGGAAGCAACUCUUCUCAUAAGUGGAACUAUUCCAUUGUCUAAAUCGGCCACUCCGUCUCUAAUAUAAUCGGUCCCUACCCGAGUCCUAUCUAGCCCUUCCCCUUCCUCGAGCCAAUGCAAGCCGCGUUACUAGACCCGCAUCUCGGUACCCUGUAGACACCAUAGACUCCAGCCAUCCGCGUCGCUCGUGGGCUUUUAGGAAGCUCCCCCUUCGUUGGACCCUUACACUCUAGGAGCCGCGUCUUCCAUCUCACAAUGGCGCCACGCGGUGCGCAACCGCGCCGGGUUCUUCUCUCGUUGGUCGUCUGUCUCGCCGUCGCUCUCGCCCUCUCUCCCGCCCUCGCCUUCGCGCCCUCAGACGUGACCAGUUACCGCGGGCUCGUCUGGCGCUUCCUGGACCAAUGGCCGUCCUCGACGCGUCCACGUCAGCACUCCACUGACCUGGAUUCCUCCGUCUCUCACGACGCGGCGGUACCGCAGCCGUCGCCUUCCUCUCUGUUCGCGUUGGGCAACGAGACCUGGGAGACUCGCCGAGAGGAAGCAGAUUCAAAGGAGUCAACGGAGUCGACGGGCACUUCUAAGGCAGAGGGAGUGCCGGUCCCCGGCCGUGCAGCCGUUGUGGCUGGAGCGAGCGCGUCGAGGAAAUGGCUGGGACACGUGGCGCGCCAGGGCGUGCCGAUGGGGAAGCGCAGGCAGAUGGCUGACGCCUGGCUGGAUGGCCCCUGCUCCGACUACGAAACAGCGGUCGUUAUCAACAUUACUUCUGCAGCGGAUUUCAGCAAGCGAUUACAAUUUGACUCCGUUACAACCGUCAUUCUGGAGCUGCAAAAAAACCUCGUUAUAAGCAAGGGGAUCCUGUUCAACAGCAACUUUUCGUGCACGAUUUUCCGAUCUGCGAAAACCGCCGCGGUCCCGUUUCAGAUCACUCAUACGGGAGCGAAUGAGCCAGUACUGCGUAUAUGGAACACGAGCAACGUGCUUGUAUUGAAGGUCGACUUCAAGCUGAGCGUUCGCACGUCGUCGCCAGCCUGCACUACAGUACCCGAAGUUACAUCCAAGGCGCAGUGCCCGACAAUUUCUAUUAUCGGUUCUUACGGAAUUCAACUCGCUAAAGGAAGUGUAUUCGGAAGAAUUGAUCUACACCGGACGAUGUCGUCGCGAGUUGACUCCAUGCGUGUAACGGGCAUUCCGAUAUUCAACCAGUCGCCUGGCGUGAUUCAAGUUACGUACAGUGGACAUGGGCCUACACUCGGGAAAUCCUUCAUCGCUAUAACAAACAAUGAAGUUUAUGGCGUGCACACGCCCAUUGUCCUGCACAGAGGCACCAUCGGCGCCAUCGUGCGCAACAACUACGUGCACGACUACAUCUUCGCGGGCAUCCGCUGCGGCUCCGACGUGCACUUCCAGGCGGACUGCAUGCUCACGCAGAUCGACCGCAACCACGUGGUGGCUGCUGGGAAGAACCGGUCAGGAGACCAGGACGCUGCUGGCAUCUACUACUGCGUGCACUGGUUCAGCCCAGACAACACUGCUGAGUGUAACUACAUCUACAACGGAGAUCACUGCUACUACCUCGAUUUUGUCACAUCGGGAGUGACUAUCAAGGGAGGUGCUUGCAUCAACACGUACGACGGGAUCAAAGUCAACAACGGCAAGUGGAAUUACGUUGAGGGUGUGAUUAUAAAGAAGGUGCCCGGAUCGCCCGGCUGGAGCACAUGUUUCACUCCCACUGUGCUCAACUGCAACAAGAAUCCCGGCACAUACUGGGAGCUCAUGCGGAAGCAGUACUACGACACGCCAUUGUUUCAAGCGAAAUAUCCUUUCUGGCCGGACGUUUGCAACCAGAAGACAAUCGACAACAAACCAUGCAACACCAACAAAAAGGGAACCUUUUCGGCCGAUCAAACUGGCGCGUGCAGCGGCCUCCCUACAGAGAACUUCCUCAACCUCGUUUUAGUGGAGACGGAAGGGCGAGACGUUGAUUACAAAUAUUGCGAGAAGUUACCAACUGUAGAGGCUGGUCCGCUCAACGAUCAAAGGCAGGUCAAUCUGACCAACAUCGCGGCUGCGAAAUUCAUGGAUUAUGCAAAUGACGAUUUGGGAGUGAACGCCGGAUCGUCCCUGUUCAGCAGCAUCAAAGAUUUCAAGAGCUGCCCGAGAAAAGACGUUGGGCCCCGAAGGAUCGACGACGCGUUUUACUACUUGAAUUUCAACCGCCCGGAGCCGGACCUUUAUAAGGUGGUUCUCUCUAUGAGCACUAAGCAUGUGCAUGACCCUCAGGUUGUGAAGCUGAGUAAGGUGCCUAAGAAGAAGGGGAAGUAGGUCAUGUGUGUGUGCAUGCUGUGCAGUUGAAUGGGUUUUGUUUACUAGAUAAAUGAUUCACGUAAUGGUUCAGAGCAGUGAAUGAUUAUGACGCUCUAACGGUGUUAUGAUGUGAUGCCAACUGUAACAUAUCCUUUGUGUACC